CCCUAGUUGCCGCUGCCGCCGCCGCCGUCCCUGCCGCCUCAUGGCGGCCAUCGGAGUUCACCUGGGCUGCACAUCAGCCUGUGUGGCCGUCUACAAGGAUGGCCGGGCUGGUGUGGUUGCAAAUGAUGCAGGCGACAGAGUUACUCCGGCGGUUGUUGCUUACUCAGACAAUGAAGAGAUUGUUGGACUGGCAGCAAAACAAAGUAGAAUAAGAAAUAUUUCAAAUACAGUAAUGAAAGUAAAGCAGAUCCUUGGCAGAAGUUCUGAUGACCCACAAGCCCAGAAAUACAUCACGGAAAGUAAAUGUUUAGUCAUUGAAAAAAAUGGGAAAUUACGGUAUGAAUUAGCUACUGGAGAAGAAACAAAAUUUGUUAACCCAGAAGAUGUUGCCCGACUAAUAUUUAGUAAAAUGAAAGAAACGGCACAUUCUGUCUUGGGCUCAGAUAUAAAUGAUGUAGUUAUUACUGUCCCGUUUGAUUUUGGAGAAAAGCAAAAACAUGCUCUUGGAGAAGCAGCUGGAGCUGCUGGAUUUAAUGUUUUGCGAUUGAUCCAUGAACCAUCUGCAGCUCUUCUUGCUUAUGGAGUUGGACAAGACUCUCCUACUGGAAAAAGCAAUAUUUUGGUGUUUAAACUUGGAGGAACAUCCUUAUCUCUCAGUGUCAUGGAAGUUAACAGUGGAAUAUAUCGGGUUCUUUCAACAAACACUGAUGAUAACAUCGGUGGUGCACAUUUCACGGAAACCUUAGCGCAGUACUUGGCGUCUGAGUUCCAAAGAUCCUUCAAACAUGAUGUGAGAGGAAAUGCCCGAGCCAUGAUGAAAUUGAUGAACAGUGCUGAAGUCGCAAAACAUUCUUUGUCAACCUUGGGAAGUGCCAACUGUUUCCUUGACUCAUUAUAUGAAGGUCAAGAUUUUGAUUGCAAUGUGUCCAGAGCACGAUUUGAACUUCUUUGUUCUCCACUUUUUAAUAAAUGCAUAGAAGCAAUCAGAGAACUCUUAGAUCAAAGUGGAUUUACAGCAGAUGAUAUCAACAAGGUCGUCCUUUGUGGAGGGUCUUCUAGAAUUCCCAGGCUACAGCAGCUGAUUAAAGAUCUCUUCCCAGCCGGCGAGCUCCUCAGUUCCAUCCCUCCCGAUGAGGUCAUUCCUAUUGGGGCAGCUAUGGAAGCAGGAAUUCUUAUUGGGAAGGAAAACCUGUUAGUGGAAGACGCCCUCAUGAUAGAGUGUUCAGCCAAAGAUAUUUUAGUUAAGGGAGUGGAUGAGUCGGGAGCCAACAGAUUCACAGUAUUGUUUCCGUCGGGGACUCCUUUGCCAGCUCGAAGGCAACACACGCUGAAAGCCCCUGGAGGUAUUUCUUCAGUGUGCCUUGAACUCUACGAGUCUGAGGGGAAAAACUCGGCCAGAGAGGAAACCAAGUUUGCACAGGUUGUACUCCAGGAUUUAGAUAAAAAAGAAAAUGGAUUACGUGAUAUAUUAGCUGUUCUUACAAUGAAAAGGGAUGGAUCUUUACAUGUGACAUGUACAGAUCAAGACACUGGAAAAUGUGAAGCUGUAACUAUUGAGGUGGCAUCUUAGUGUGUUAGAGAAACCAAGGAUUUUUUUUUUAAAUGAGAAUAUCAAUGUUAUUUGGUUUUGUGUAUACAUGGUGUUUAUAUUCAAAUACUUUUUCAAUGAAUAAUAUAAGCUACGUUUCUAUUAAACUGCUAUAUAUCAGUAAA